CUACGUGGUGAGGUUUGGAACCGUCAAUUCGGUUGUGCACUGAUCACCAUGGUUGAGACCCGUAGUGGGACGAGUACUAGCCCUUAUACUCGAGAGCAGCAAGAAAAGAUGGCCGCCUUAGUGAGAGAAAACAAGGAGAGAAAAGAGCUCCUGAAGCAGGCGAAGCUGAAGGCAAUCGCAGAGGAGCAGGCGGCGAAGAUGAAGAAACUGGAGGAGGAGAUGAAGAGAGUUCACCAGGAGGAGGAAGAGAGGAGAAAGGCUGCCGAAGAGGAAGCAGCAGCAGAAGAAGGAAAGGAAAGAAAACGUAUUGAAAGUAGGGAGGAGAGUAGUGGCACGAAGACGGAUUAAGACGCAGAGAUGGAGAAAAAGAUUAGCGAGUGGAUUGCUAAUUUAUCGUUGGGGGAAGAUGAGGAGGCAGAGUUAUAUUUGCCCCAGGACG